CCAAAUAUAACCUGACACAGUGAGUGGUCAAACGCUGGGACAGAUGGGACACAGCAGGCUACUCUGGAGGCACCGCUCAAGUGGCCCUAGACCCGCUCACAGUGCUCCCAGUCCCUGCACGACCGAAAAAGCUACUCUGCUGGAAGGAGACGCUUCUGACUUUCUCACACACAGAUCAUCUUAAGAGGAAUCUGGAAACGCUAGACUGGUACAAUACCUUUGGACGAAAACUUGAAGGAUGCAGGACGGGAGAUGGAACCAGUCCCUCCCCCCCUCUCUGCUUAUGAAGGAUGGGCGUGGGGUUCUAGAAGGAGACGUGUUCUCGGAGGCUUCGUCUGAUGGGGAUCUGUACCUGGACUCUAUGGCGGAGCUGGACGCUGGUGACGGGGACUUUCCAGACCUUACUGCCUUUCUCAGCCAAGACGAGAUCAACCGCAGCCUGGACCUGGCCUGGGAGGCCUUCAGUGACGCAGAAGACUGGGUGGACCCUGUCUCCCCAAUUCCCAAAACCCAGGAGCCGGCUCUCCACUACCAUCCCUCCCUUGCCCCCUUCAAUACCACAGAAUACCUGACCAAAAGCCCCUGCUUCCCCCAUCAGACAAAAGUCUCAGCCAUGGACGACAGCCACUCAGUCAAAGUCACCUCCAGCCAGAGUGUCCACCUCAGCAGGCCCAUACAGGCCACCUUCGAAGCCACGGCCUCGCCUGAGAAGUUUGUCUGUCACAAGAACAUCACCCCAGUCUAUAAACAGGACAAGCCCCGGCUGGUCCAUGAGGGCUUGGAGCUGAAUGAACGGGCUGCCUCAGCCACGGAGUUCUGCAGCCGUGCCGCCACCUUCAUCGAGGAGCUGUCCUCCAUCUUUAAAGGCUCCUCUCGGCUGGAGCAACAGGGGGAGGAAGACUCCUCCUCUCCCGACAGCGGGUACCUGUCUCCUAAGAGCCACCGGCUUGCCCCCCGGGGGUUUGCCUCUGUCCCUCCACAGCCUUUCAUCCAACAGGUGGCGGCGCAGCAGGGCCAGCCAGGUCUGGGUACCCAGCCAGCAAGCAUGGUGGGCGUAACGGGUGUGACGGGUGUCCCUCCACUGAGUGUGACCGGGGUGCCAGUUGUCUCUGGUCUAAUGAGUGGGAAUGAGUUGAUGGGAGAGCAGCAGCACAGUGGAGCCCAGUUGAUGGGGGAGCAGCACAGUGGAGCUCAGUGUGUAGAUGGAGACCUGUCGCUGCCACACUUCACCCAGAAGCUGAAGAGUCAGGAGGUGGCAGAGGGACACCCCAUCAGACUGGAGUGCAGGGUGGCAGGAAACCCUCAGCCACUGGUCAGAUGGUUCUGUGAGGGGCGGGAGCUACACAACUGUCCAGACGUCCAGAUCUGGAGGGAUGGUGACCUGUACACGCUGAUGAUCGCUGAGGCCUUCGAGGAAGACACGGGACGCUACACCUGCGUUGCCUCCAACAGUCUCGGCGCUGACAACACCUCGGCAGAGGUCUACAUCGAGGGUGCUUCAUCCUCAGACUCAGAAGGAGAAGGAUCUUUGACAAAUUCCAGAUCAGGAGUCAUGCCUCAGUCCCAGAAGAAGACAACUUCAAUCUCCCUGUCCAUUCAUUCACCUUCACCCACGAGCCCCGAGGCCGUACCUCACCGCUUCACCCUGGUCCAGCCCCUAUCUGCACCUCAACACCGGAUGCGGAGUCCAGUUUCUUCACUACAUGGUGAUGGUUCUGUCACAGCGCCCCCUAUCUUCACCAAGCUCUUACAGGAUGCCCAGGCGUCAGAGGGUCAGGUGGUGGUUUUGGAGUGCAGGGUUCGAGGCAGUCCUCCUCUGCAGGUCCAGUGGUUCAGACAGGGACAGGUCAUUCAGGACUCUCCAGACUUCCGCAUCCUGCAGAAAAAGCCACGGUCUGCAGCAGAGCCAGAGGAGAUAUGUACGCUGGUGAUAGCUGAGGCCUUCCCUGACGAUGGAGGUCAGUUCUGCUGCACUGCAAGCAACCUUUACGGCUCCGUCAGCAGCACAGCCCAACUCUCUGUUACUGGAGGGGCCUUCAACACUCCCACAGCGGUGUACGAAUCGGACAGGGACGGUGUGGCAUCCGGCGAUGACUCUGCCUUCGAGGAUGCCCAGGCCUUCCCCCCACCCCCGCCCACAGAGAUCAGCCUAUUGGAGGUACCGCCCAAGAUCCCACCCAGUGCCAGCGCAGAGGGUUUCCAUGUCAACGAGCUGGAGAUCUGGCCCAGUGUGUCAGUCCUGCCACACUCCCACAUGUACCCCAACAUGGAGGGCCAGCCUCAGCCCUCCUCCGGCCUACCUCCACCAGAGCCCCGGCCAGACUUCCUAGACCCAGCCAAGAUGUCUCCACCCCCGGUGAAGGAAGCCCCUCCGCUGCCCAACAAGCCCAAACUAGCGGCGGGUAUAGAGGAGGAGACAGACACUGACAGGAACAUAGAACAGUUGAAGCAGCUGCACGAUCAGAUUCUAUUGGAACAGCAAGAAGCAGCCAAUUGGAUCCAGCAGCAGGAGCAAGAGCAGGAAGUCCCACUUCUGCUGCAGCAGCCCCAGGAAGUGUCCUCUCCGCCCUCUCCUCCUCUUCCCCCUCCUCCCUCCUUCCAGGAGCUGGAGAGCAGCGCCAUGCAGACUAGCACAUUCAACUACGCCCGGCCCAAGCAGUUCAUUGCUGCCCAGAGCCCCGGGGGGACAGUCCCUGUGGGGGGCUACGUCACCCAGUCCUCUGGCUCCUCUGGAUCCAGCCUGCCCUCACCCCUCUCCCCACCCACCUCACACAAACCCUUCACCAGGGUCACCCUGCCUCCCUUCACUAAGGGCAGCAGCAUCGGGUCUCAGUCCCCAUCCUCUCCCUCCUUCCCUCCUCCACCCCCUCCCUUCCUCAGCAGCAACAUGUCUUCUCCAUCAGGCCCCAGCCAAGACUUUCCCCCACCCCCUCCUCCACCCAUCUCUUCGACUCCCCCUUCUCCCGGCCACUCCAGCAGCUCUUCCCCCUUCACUUCCAUGCCCCAAUCACCUGCUGGCUUCCUGGCCUCCGUCCUGCCAGCCACGCCCACGAGCCCGUCCGUCAACGCCCUGGGCCUGCCUAGAGGGAAUGGGACCAUCAGUGCUUUCCCCCGGAAGCAGUCCAGAGGAACCCCACGCCUGGCCUCUGACUCUGACAUCCAGGGAACCAAGGAUGCUGUCAUUCAGGACCUGGAGAGGAAGCUACGAUUUAAGGAGGAGCGCAUGAGCAAUGGACAACAGAGGUUAACCUACGAGGAGAAGAUGGCUCGCAGGCUGCUGGGGGCAGACAACGCAUCCACAGUACUAAACACACAGCAGCAGGACCAGGAGCCAGUUACACAGGACUCCAGUUCAUCUGAUAUAGAAUCGGUCCCUCAAAAGGAGUACAAGGUGUCCAGCUUCGAGCAGCGCCUGAUCAGUGAGAUCGAGUUCCGUCUGGAGCGCUCUCCAGUGGAGGAGUCUGACGACGAUGUGCAGCAUGGCGAAGACUCUACAGGCCAGGGGGUGGUGCCAUUCUUCGACAGCAAGCUCAAACACUACAAGGUGUUUGAGGGCAUGCCCGUCACCUUCUCCUGCAAGGUCGUCGGAGACCCCAAGCCAAAGAUCUACUGGUUUAAGGAUGGGAAGCAGAUCUCUAAGAGGAGUGAACACUACAGGAUCAGCCGCGACGCUGACGGAACCUGCAACCUCCACACCGCCGCCGCCUCAUUGGACGAUGACGGCAACUACACCAUCAUGGCUGGUAACCCCGAGGGGAGGGUGAGCUGUACUGGCAGGAUGAUGGUCCAGGCAGUGAACCAGAGAGGGAGGAGCCAGCGCUCUGCACCUGGACAUGUUCGCAGACCUAGGUCUCGGUCCAGAGACAGUGGUGAUGAGAACGAGAAUAUCCAGGAGCGUCACUUCCGCCCCCACUUCCUGCAGGCGCCCGGUGACCUCAUCGUCCAGGAGAGCAGGCUCUGCCGGAUGGACUGCAAGGUGAGUGGCUUGCCUACACCAGAUCUGAUCUGGCAGUUGAAUGGUCAGGCCAUCCGUCCUGACUCCGCCCACAAGAUGCUAGUGAGGGAGAAUGGCGUACACUCAUUGGUCAUCGAGCCCGUGUCCAGCCGCGACGCGGGCAUCUACACCUGCAUCGCUAGCAACCGCGCGGGACAGAACUCCUUCGACCUGGAACUCAUUGUCGCAGCCAAAGAGAUUCACAAGGCUCCUUCGUUCAUCGAGAAGCUGCAGAACACUGCUGUUGCCGAGGGUAACCCUGUACGUCUGGAGUGCCGUGUGUCGGCUGUCCCCAACCCAAAGAUCUUCUGGAAGAAAGAGAACGAGUCUUUCACUCACAAUACAGACAGGAUCAGCAUGCACCAGGACAACUGUGGCUACCUGUGUAUGAUCAUCCAGCCAGCCAUGAAGGAGGAUGCUGGUUGGUACACCGUGUCAGCCAAAAAUGACGCUGGCAUCGUGUCCAGCACCGCACGACUCGACGUCCACACUCAGUGGCAGCAGCCCAACACUCCCAAGCCUAAGAAGGUGCGUCCGUCUACGAGUCGCUACGCGGCGCUGACAGAGAGAGGACUGGACGUGAAGGCAGCCUUCUUCCCUGACUCCAGCCCCCUGCAGCCUGGAGGCCUGGUGGAGAGUGAUGACCUGUAGAGACCAGCGGGGUUCACACACCCCACUCAACCCCCUAAUGCCUUAAAACUGACCCCCAGUGCUACAAGCACCAACCCCCGUUCUCCCCAGACAUAUAGGGGUAAAUGUAACACCCUCCAUCUGAGGCGUAUUACGACAAUCCCACAGAUACUAUUUUGGAAGAUGGAUGACGGGCAAUGUGACACCCCAUAAUAUCUCAGUGUCAAUGAAACAUGGAUCCCAACUUAGGAUCAGAUGGGGUAGCAGGUAGCCUAGUGAUUAGAGCGUUGGGCUAGUAACCCAACUAGGAAGGUUGCUAGAUCGAAUCCCGAGCUGACAAGGUAAAAAUCUGUCGUUCUACCCCUGAACAAGGCAGUUAACCCAAGAAUUUGUUCUUAACUGACUUGCCUAGUCAAAUAAAGAUUUCAUAAAGAUAUGGUUCCAUUUGAUCAACCAUAGGAAUAGGAACUACCAUAGGAGCCAGAGGAAUCUACCCUUGGUGGCCAUUGAAGUUUGUUUGCAAUUCUGUGGUCCAUUAAAACAAUAUAGUUUCUGAUAAUGGGUGGUGGGAGUGAAGAAGACUUGAAUGUUGGUAAAUUAGUUCUCAAAGUAACACUACCAUAACCACACAAGGGGGUCACCUCUUAAGUGCCUAAGAUAUCUCUCACAUGAACUCUUUGUAAAAAAAAAAUAUAUAUAUAUAUAUAUAUAUUUUAAAGUCUAAAGUAGUGUUAUUAUGCAUGUGACAAUGGUGCCAUUUGUAAUGCUCUAUCUAAAUUGAUGCCUUACUUAUGAAAUACUCCCCCAACAAAGCCACCAAAUUAUAGGGGUAGAGAUAUAUAGAAACGGGACAGACUUUGGACUCAAUGUAAAGGUAUGGAAAGUCCAAAGCAUGGGAGCCACACGUCAUGUUUCCCUGGACUGUUGAGAGACGAAAGAGAGACCGCAAAACACAAGUUGUUCUUUUAUAUGGUUAUCACAGCAUAGUCUUGGUAAUAUAGCACAACAUGGAUAUAAAUAGUGUCUGGUUUUAGUUAUUAAUAGCACAAUACCAUAGAUAUCAGCAUUGUCAGGUUCAACAUUUAGCACAAAUACCAUCGAUAUUGCACAAGGACUUACAUACUUUUUUUCUUGUUUUUUUUUGUCAGGUCAAAUGACCUUGAAAGUUCAAACUAUUUAGAGAUGAGUUGUGAAAGAGAAUGUUGGCUGAAUGACUCGACACCGUUGAGAGCUCUCACCGUUACCAUGGUAACUUCAGUGAUUGAUUGAUGGAUAGAGGGAAUGACUGGCUAGGAGGUACUGGUGUGUGAAGGUUGACUGUAGCAGGGACAGGAAGUGGGGUUAUCCUGGGCCAGGAUGCCCAGGUGAUCAGUCUCAGCCCAGUGACAACAGUCACUUCAACGCUUGUGAACUGUGUGAUCCGUGAGUGGAAGUCAAGGACAGAGGAAAGCAAGUUUUUUGGAAUAGAAUUCACUGUAGAUGACAAAGAUGAUAAAGAAGAAAUUGACUAUGUUGAUGAUGAAAUGAUGGUUAUGACUGAUUUUGGAGAUCAGUUAUUUUCUUUGGUUUAUUUUUGAAGUUUAAAAUCUUCACAGACGUGAGACAGUCCUAAUAAUGGCUUCAGUUGAUUGGUCACACACCACAGAUUGUCUGCUUGAUUUUUGUAUGAGAAAUCUUUCCCAAAAAACUUGACGUAAAUUAUAUUAGUGAUUUUUUUCUCUCUCAAAUGUUCAAUGACAAAACAUAAUCCUGUCUGUAUUAAAAUAUCACACUUUUUGAAACAAUAUAUAUUUCCUUAAAAGAUCACUUGGGCCUAUUUCAGUCACAAUGUCUGUCCAUGUCUUUAUGAGGCUCUUAUAACAAAUGACUAUUAUUAUUAACUAUAGCAAAGCUGUCAAGGGAAAAGAUAUACACAGAAUUGUAUUGAAAUAAGUAAUGAUAUAUUUCUCACUACUGCAUUAUUAAAUAGGCUUCUUUUGCUGUAUCUGUUCACAGCAUGUUUCAUCCUGCCAUUACUGUGAUCAGUCACAAACAUAUAGGACACCUUUUUGAUUUCUAUGCCUGUAUAUGGAAUGUUCUCAUGAUAUUACAUUAGUUUAUGAAAGAUAAUAAAACAACCUAAGUGUC